AAAAAGAGGAGACUGACAGCCAAAAGAAGGAAGAGAAAGCACAAGAAGAAAAACUGCCCAAGGAAGUGAAGCCAGCUGGUAAAGACAAAGCAGGUGAUGACAGAAAACCAGAUGACAAAGGCAAAAAAGCUGAGGAGGAUGUCAUGUUUAAAAGUAUGGAUGAUCAUUUUUCAGAAGACACAAAAGAAGAAAUUGAGGAGGAACUCUUCGGGCAAAGUAAAGUCGACAAAUUGGCUUUUGAUGACACCGCAUUUAAUACUAUGGAACAAGAAUUUCAAGAAGUCCUUCAAGAGUUGGCAGCAAACAAAACUCUUGAUAAAUUCAGAGGUGAAUAUGAAAAAUUACAUCAAGCCUUGAAGAAAUCUCAUGAAAAUGAAAAAAGGUUAAUGUUAAAAUGUCGGGAGUUAAAUGCUGAGAUGAUAGCCCAAGGGGCCAAAGUAUCCCAUCUGAUGAUUUUGUCCGAAGAAGACCAAACGAACAUUGCUUCCCUUAAGAAGGAAGUGGAAAAGGCAUGGAAACUCGUUGAUCAAAACCAAGAGAAGGAACUCACUUAUAAAGAAGCCAUAGAAGGCCUGAAGAAUGAGAUUGAGAAUAUAUCUUCGACCUUGGAUCGAGGAACGGCAUUGGAUGUUAAUGAAGAACAAAAAAUGCAAGAAAUAUUCAGACUUAAAGAAGCUCAUGAAAUUGAACGAGAGGAAUUGGUUUACCAAAUUUCUAACUUGCAGAGUGAGUUGUCAGAUGUUUCUGAAACCAGGAAGAUACUUGAAGAGAGAAUUGUUGAAACUGAAGAAAAAAUUACUGAACUAACGCAUGACAUUCAGGUGAAAAUCUCUGAAUCACAGCGAGAAACACGGAAGAAGGACAAACUAGAAAGAGAAAUGAAACUAACUAAGGAGGAUUUAGAAACAGUAACAAGUGAGCUGAAACGUAUUCAAUACCUGAAAGAUAAAUAUAAAGAGGAAAUCACAGAGAAAGAGAACAGUCUGGAAGAAAUGAAAGUUCACUUAGAAAGAAAUGCUCGAGAUAACAAAAUGCUUGAAACGAAGCUCCACAAGCUGGAUUCUGACUACAGGAACCAACUGGAAGUUGGUGAACAGUUGAACCAAGAACUUGUCUUUAAAAACCAGGAAUUGAAGCAAAAAGAAGACGAAGUAGCAAUUUUGAAACGAGAAUGCGAACGACUGAACAAAAACAAGGACACCAUCAGCAGGAAAUUAAAAGCUCUGGAAGACACGAAAAUCGAAGGAGAGAAAGAAAAGGAAAUGCUGAAAUCUCAGAUCAAUGUUCUUGAGAAAGCUCAAUGUCCUUCAACCAAUAUGGUUCAUGAUACAGUGGUUACAAUAGAUCUACGGAAAGCAAUCAAUUUGAAAGAAGAACACGUCAAUCAGGUGAAAGCCUUGGAACAAAACAAGAAGAACCUUGAGCAAGAGAUAAGCAACCAUAAAGAUGAGGCUCAGAAACAAAGGAAGUUGAUUUAUCAGUUGGAGAAAGAAAGAGACAGAUAUAUCAAUGAAGCUAGUGACCUCACGCAUAAGGUUCUUCAAUUGAUGGAAGAAGUGAAAAUGAGGGAAAUGCAAAUAUUCGAUUUCAAGAAGAAAAUUGCCGAAGCCGAAACGAAACUGAAACAACAACAAAACCUUUACGAAGCUGUGAGAAGUGACCGGAAUCUUUAUAGCAAACAUUUGAUUGAAUGUCAGGAUGAAAUUACAGAAAAGAAACGCAAACUGAAGAUUAUGAAUCAUCAAAUUGAUCAACUUAAAGAGGAAAUUCAAUCAAAGGAAACAGCACUUGUUCAAGAGCAGACAGCUCGAGCCAGAGUGGAGAAAGAAAAAAGUGCUUUGAAAAUUGAGCUCCAAAAUAUGAAAAUCAAAGCAAACGAAACUGAGGCAUACAUCAACACUCAGGAGUCUGAAAAAAUAAAAUUAAAGAAGAUUAUCAGAGAUGCAGAUGUUGAACGUUGCCGUCAGAAGAAGGAGUUAGAUCAGGUGAUAAGCGAACGAGAUAUUCUUGGAACUCAGCUGGUUCGGCGAAAUGACGAAUUGGCAUUGUUGUUUGAGAAAAUUAAAAUCCAGCAGUCAACGCUAAGCAAAGGUGAGGUUCAGUACGAUCAACGUCUCGAAGAUAUACGGGUUUUGAAACUGGAAAUAAAGAAACUGAGAAGAGAGAAAAUCAUUCUUGAAAAAUCUGUGGCCAAUGUCAAUGAUCUCAGACAAGAAGUAUAUGACACGCAGAAGGAACUGCUACGGGAACGAACUCGCUGUAAAGCUCUCGAAGAAGAACUUGAGAAUCCUCUCAAUAUCCAUCGAUGGCGGAAACUUGAGAGCAGUGACCCAACUAUGUAUAAAAUGAUCCAACGAACACAUACCCUGCAGAAACGGUUAAUCAAAAAGACCGAAGAAGUUGUUGAGAAGGAACUUUUAAUCCAAGAAAAAGAGAAGCUUUAUAUUGAGCUAAAACAUAUCUUAGCUCGACAGCCAGGGCCAGAAGUAGCAGAACAGCUUUCUAUUUAUCAACAGACUUUUAAAAGCAAGGUCAAACAAAUGAAGGUGAUGGCUUCCGAACUAACGAUGUAUGAAUCGCAGGCGAGUGAGAAUAAAUAUGAGAAGGAAAGGCUUGCAAGGGAGCUACAGGAAGUGAAGAAGAAAUAUUUCCUUCAGAAAAAGAAAGAGGAACAACAAAAGGAACGGGAACACGCAUUGGCUCAGAGUGGUCUACCUUCGAUCCAUCCUCACAAACAAACUGGAAGUCGAUACACUGGGGGAGGAUUUAAUCUGAGGCCACCAGAUAAGACUGCGGCUUAAGACAACUAAAUACUGUGUACAGUUGUUUUUAUUUUUGUGUGGCUGCUGUGAUGAAAGUUAUGUCCCUUUGUUUAUAUGUAUGUGUGUGUAUGUAUGUGCGAGUGCACGACAGUGUCUCUGCGACCAUGUGACAUCCUCUGUUGUUGGGGUUCCUAGCUGAGCCUGUAUCUCGAAUUCCCUUGAACAAGUCCAGUCUAAACGGUAAUUGACCCCCAUUAAGUAAAUCAAUGACGAAACCUAAAGGUCGAACGAGAAAAUACAACGAAAAUAAGUUAUUUCUACAUUGAAUUUAUAUUAAUUUCUAACGUAGUCACAAGAAUCACUUAAAAGAGAAGAAAAGAUGUUGUCGAUUCUAUCAACUUCUGUACUGGUCAUGGAGGCUGACAGAUUAACAGAAUAGCCAGAAGAUUGGAUAAAAUGCCUGACAGUAUUUGUUCUGGCUCUUUACGUUCUGAGUUCAAAUUCUUUCCAGGUGUACUCUGUCUUUCAUCUUUCAGACUUCUAUGAAAUAGAGUACCCAUCAAGUACCAGUGUCGACACAAUCAACUGUUUUCUCUCCCCAAAUUUCUAGCCUUUUGCUCGUGUAAGGAAUUUGUAGUGGCAAAAUUAAUAACACGCCGGGCAAAAUGCCUGGUAUGUCCCUUUAUAUUGUAAAUUGAAGCCCCUUUUGUAUUAAUUUCUGUUUUCAUCCUUCCGGUGUCGAUAAAAUAAGCACAAAUCAAACAAAAGCUAUGUUGAUAUAAUGAACCGUAAUUCCUCCUUCCUUAAAAGACAGAAACAUUAGCAUCUUGGACGAAAUGCUUAGUGGCAUUUCUUUCAGCCCUUUGUUUUAAGUUCAAAUCCCAUCGAGCUCAACUUUGCCUUUAAUUCUUUCGGGGUCAAUACAAUCGAUUUGCCCCCUCCCGUCAAAAACUGCUGGCCUGGAGAUCAGUUAGAGACUCCACAAACUGAGGAUCGUACCGUCACGUGUGUGUGUGUGUGUGUGUGUGAUGUUCUUAUACGUUUAUCUACUUCUGUAAGUGUGAGAAUAAAGCAAAACCUGUGAGAUAA